AUGCCAUCUUCAUCUUUGCAACAAGAAAAAUGCAAUCAUGGUGAUGAUACUAGAAAUAUUGUGUUAAAAAAAGGAACAUGGUCAAAGGAAGAGGAUCAAUUAUUAAGAGAAUACGUGACAAAAUAUGGAGUUGGAAAGUGGGAUUCCGUACGAAAGAAAACAAAACUUGUUCGAGAUGGAAAAAGUUGUCGUAUAAGAUGGUUAAAUCAUCUAAAUCCAAUUUUAAAAAAGUGCUCGUUCAAUGAAGAAGAAGGAAGAAAACUUAUUCAUCUCUAUAAUGAGUUAGGACCCAAAUGGUCUCAAAUGGUUUCACAGAGUUUAAAAAACUCUAGAAAGCACCUCAUUCCAGAAAGCAUAAACCAAGUUGAUGAGUUGAAUAACAAUGUUGGACAAAAUAAUGCCUCCCAAGAAGAAGAAACGGCUCUACCAAGAAUGGAAUUUGAUCAUCAAGUACAUACUCUACAUGGUAACUAUCUUCUUGAUCAAAAUUAUGGUGACAAAAAUAUCAACAACUUUCAACAAUUUUCAACGUUGGCUGAUGAUUCAAGUACUUGUAUCAACAAUCAUGCUGUCCCAACACUGGAUGAUAGGUCUCUUAGACUCCCAGCAUUUCCAUCAAGUAAUAUGCUUUUUGAUCAAGAUUUUCCUCCAAUUCCACAAUAUUAUCCAGACAAUCUAGAUAUGGAUUAUCCAUUUCCACAAGAAAUGCAUUCUAACCAGUAUCUUCAAAAUCCAGAUCUAUCAAAUCAGAUGCUUUUUGAUCAAGAUUUUCCUCCAAUUCCACAAUAUUAUUCAGACAAUCUAAAUAUGGAUUAUCCAUUUCCACAAGAAAUGCAUUCUAACCAGUAUCUUCAAAAUCCAGAUUUAUCAAAUCAGAUGCUUUUUGAUCAAGAUUUUCCUCCAAUUCCACAAGAAAUGCAUUCUAACCAGUAUCUUCAAAAUCCAGAUCUAUCAUCUGAGGAGCCUCAAUAUGAGAUCUUAGAACCUUGGUUGCUAUCUGAAUGCGUUCCUCUUUGGUGA